AUGUCGAAAAAAAAUCGUGGACCUAAUUUCUGUGCUAAUGAAAAAGAAAUUUUAAUAGGACUCAUUCUAAAACAUCAACAUAUAAUAGAAAACAAAAAAACAGAUGCAGUGACGAUCGCUCAUAAAAAUGAGGGUUGGAAGGUGCUCACGGAAGAGUUCAACUCCCUGAGUAGUUUCAAUGUCCGAAAUACCGAUCAACUUAGGACUUGUUGGGAUAACCUUAAAAGAACGACAAGGAAAGACAAAGCUGCGACUAAGAAGGAGAUUUUCUUAACAGGUGGGGGCAAGCCCAAUAAUCCACCACCAGGGCCUUUUCAAGGGCAAGUAGAAAUAUUACUUGGCCCUACAUUAGAUGGUCUUCCUAACGAAUUUGAUAGCGAUGGUCAAUUUCAAGAAGACUCGGUUACACCGUCGAAUAAAGUAAAGGAAGUUGCAGAAGUAUUACCGACCAUUGUUUUAUUAGAUGCAGUACCUGGCUGUCCAACUGUGAUUGACCAAGCUGGUUCCUCGGGACUGAAUAACUCCCGGGCUGAAUCAGAGGGUUUAAAUAAGGAAGCAAUUGAUGGCAGAAGUCGUUGUGAAGUUCAGGAUAAGGAUAACAUUUGGCAUGGUUGGUCUCCAGCUGCACUAAAACCAAAAUGUCAGAUGCACUGA